GGUCUAGAGGUUUUUCUUCUUGGUCCUUCCUGAGACCUCUUGGCUCCCAAGAGCCUCUUGAUCGGGGCAGGAAUGAGGGUGCCCCAGGGUGCGAGAGUCGUGGAUCCCCGAAAAGAGGAGGCUGCUCCCCCUCUUUCUUCCCCCCACCUCCAGAUUUCCUCAUCUGCCCACACCUUCCGGUGGGCGGGGACGUGUAUGGACAAAUUUGCGGGCUGGGGACCAUGGAAGUGGAGGAAAUCUACAAGCACCAGGAAGUCAAGAUGCAAGCACCAGCCUUCAAGGACAAGAAACAGGGGGUCUCAGCCAAGAAUCAAGGUGCCCAUGACCCAGACUAUGAGAAUAUCACAUUGGCCUUCAAAAACCAGGACCAUGCAAAGGGUGGUCAUUCACGACCCACGAGCCAAGUCCCAGCCCAGUGCAGGCCGCCCUCAGACUCCACCCAGGUCCCCUGCUGGUUGUACAGAGCCAUCCUGAGCCUGUACAUCCUCCUGGCCCUGGCCUUUGUCCUCUGCAUCAUCCUGUCAGCCUUCAUCAUGGUGAAGAAUGCUGAGAUGUCCAAGGAGCUGCUGGGCUUUAAAAGGGAGCUUUGGAAUGUCUCAAACUCCAUACAAGCAUGCGAAGAGAGACAGAAGAGAGGCUGGGAUUCCGUUCAGCAGAGCAUCACCAUGGUCAGGAGCAAGGUGGAUAAAUUAGAGACGACAUUAGCAGGCAUAAAAAACAUUGACACAAAGGUACAGAAAAUCUUGGAGGUGCUGCAGAAAAUGCCACAGUCCUCACCUUAAUAAAUGAGAGGACAUUGUGGCAGCCAAAGCCACAGCUUGGAAGAUGGGGCUGCACCUGCCAAAGAAGACGGGAAAUGACCCCCCUCCAGCCUAGUGUGAACCUGCCCCUCGUCCCACAUAUAGAAAAACCUCGAGUCAUGGUGAA